AUGGCUGACUCAUCAAAGAGGAAGAGGAUGAUGCAUUUGAUGACGAUGAAUAUUAAUAAAUCUUCAAGAGAUAUGAAGAUCAAGAGAGAUCAAUCUGAGUUUUCUCUGCAUUUUGGUUUGGUUUUUCAUCUUGAUUCUGAGAUUGAAGUCUUGGAUCUUAUGUAUGAAGAUUAUUUCACUGCUGAAAGGUCUUCAAUGGAUUCUUCUAAUGUUUUUUUCCUUCAAUCCUCUGAUAAUCCUGGUAUAAUGCUAGUUUCCAAACCAUUUGAUGGUAAUGGUUAUGGUGCUUGGAGAAGAGCCAUGGAGAUAGCUUUGACAGCCAAGAACAAACUGGUUUUUGUGAAUGGUUCUUGCAAGAGACCGAGUGUUGCUUCUAUUGAUCUACAAAACUGGGAGAGGUGUAAUAGUAUAGUCAUCUCUUGGAUUUUAAAUGGUCUUACCAGUGAUAUAUCUGGAAGUGUAGUUUACAUAAAAACAGCUAGAGAGAUGUGGUUGGAAUUGGAAGGUAGAUUUGGGCAAUUGAAUGGUCCUCUCUUGUAUCAGUUGCAAAAGGAGCUUAGCCAAGUCUAUCAAGGAUAUAGUUCUGUUACCUCAUAUUUCACCAGAAUUAAAAGUCUCUGGGAUGAAAUUCAGUGUUUAAAUGACAUGCCUCUUUGUCAAUAUUGUAUGGGAGUUGAACAAGCAAAGUAUGAAGAAAAACAGAAAUUGGCUCAGCUAUUAAUGGGGUUAAAUGAAAGUUAUAGUGCAACAAGAGGGAACAUUUUGAUGAUGAAGCCUUUUCCUUCUGUCAGAGAAGCUUACUCUAUUUGGAUUGAAAAGGAGAAACAGAGAGAAGUUUCUUCUACUAUGCAGUUUAAUUCUGAAGUUGUUUCUAUGAAUGCAGGAUCUUUGCCUAGAAAUUAUUCAACAAAGAAUGUUCCUCAAUUUCCUUACAAAAACAAAUCAGAUUUCAGGAAAAUUAUCUGUGAAUAUUGCAAGAAAACUGGUCACAGCAAAGACAAAUGCUUCAAAAAUUCUUCUCAACAGUCUGAUGAAAUAGCUAGGAAUGUGAAUAUGGUGACUAAUUCUACAACUAUGGCAGGGCCUUUUACUGAAGAGGCCUCUGGUUCUUGGUAA